AUGAAGAACAUUUGCUGGCUUAUUCUGAAACUUGUCAAUGUUGGGACUCUUGGCUGCAUAUGGAUUUCUGUGGUACAGUGUAUGGUUUUACACAGCUGCCUAAAGUCAUGUGUAACUAACCUGGGCCGGCAGCUUGACAUUGGCACACCAUAUAAUCUGAGUGAACCUUGCAUCCAAGGAUGUCAUUUUUGGAACUCUGUAGAUCAGGAAAACUGUGCUUUAAAGUGUAACAACACCUAUGGCACUGUUUAUGAGCGAGCAUCAUGUGAGGUCGGCUGCAGGAGUGCUGAAGGUGCAUUCGAGGAGGAAGCGCUAGAAAAUGCCGAUUUCCCCACCGCACCCUUUGCUUCUUCCAUUGGAAGCCAUGGUGUGACCUUACGAUGGAAAUCUGCCAACAUUUCUGGAGUAAAAUACAUCAUUCAGUGGAAAUAUGCACAACUUCCUGGAAGCUGGACUUAUACUGAGGCCGUGUCCAAGCUCUCAUAUGUGGUACAGCCCCUGCAUCCCUUCACUGAGUACAUUUUUCGAGUGGUCUGGAUCUUCACAGCCCAGCUACAGCUGUAUUCUCUGCCAAGUCCCAGUUACAGGACUCAUCCUUAUGGAGUUCCCGAGACUGCUCCUUCCAUUAGAAAUAUUGAGAGCUCGAGUCCCGACACCGUGGAAGUCAGUUGGGCUCCACCCCAAUUCCCAGGAGGACCUAUUUUGGGUUAUAACUUAAGACUGAUCAGCAAAAAUCAACAAUUAGAUUCAGGGACACAGAGAACCAGUUUCCAGUUUUACUCCACUCUGCCAAAUACCACCUACAGGUUUUCCAUUGCAGCAGUAAAUGAAGUUGGUGAGGGGCCAGAAGCAGAAUCUAGUAUUACCACUUUAUCCUCAGCAGUUCAAGAAGAGGAACAGUGGCUCUUUUUAUCCAGAAAAGCUUCUCUAAGAAAGAGAUCUUUAAAACAUUUAGUAGAUGAAGCACAUUGCCUUCAGUCAGAUGCUACACACCAUAAUAUUACAGGAAUAUCGGUUAAUGUCCACCAGCAAGUCGUUUAUUUCUCAGAAGGGACUCUCAUAUGGAUGAAAGAGGCUGCCAACAUGUCUGAUGCGUCUGACCUGAGAGUUUUUUACAAAGGUUCAAGAUUAAUUUCUUCCAUCUCCGUAGACUGGCUUUAUCAGAGAAUGUAUUUCAUCAUGGAUGAACUGGCGUAUGUCUGUGAUUUAGGAAACUGCUCGAACAUUGAGGAAAUUACUCCUCCCUCAAUUACCGCACCUCAGAAAAUUGUGGCUGAUUCGUACAAUGGGUAUGUCUUUUAUCUCCUGAAAGACGGCAUUUAUAGAGUAGAUCUCCCCGUGCCAUCUGGUCGGGACUCAGAAGCCCUACAUAUUGUGGAGAGUUGCACAUUAAAGGACUUUGCAGUGAAGCCACAGUCCAAACGAAUCAUUUACUUCAAUGACACCGCUCAUGUCUUCAUGUCAACAUUUCUGGACGGCUCUGCUUCCCAUCUUGUCCUAGCUCAUGUCUCCUUUGCUAAUGUGAAGAGCUUUGCUUGUGAAAACAAUGACUUCCUUGUCACAGAUGGCAAGGCCAUUUUCCAGCAGGACUCUCUGUCUUUUAAUGAGUUCAUCGUGGGAUGUGACCUGAGUCACAUAGAAGAGUUUGGCUUUGGUAACCUGGUCAUCUUCAGCUCCUACGCUCAGCCGCACCCCCUGCCAGGCCGCCCACAGCAGCUCUCCGUGCUCUUUGGCUCCCACCAGGCCCUGGUUCAGUGGAAGCCCCCUGCCUUCGCCAUUGGAGCCAGCCCUUCUGCCUGGCAGAACUGGAUUUAUGAGGUGAAAGUAUCAACCCAAGACUUUCCUGAAAUCACUCACGUUUUCUCGAACAUCAGUGGGACCGUGCUUCAUGUGUCUGAGCUGCAGAGUGCUACGAAAUACAAGGUUUCUGUGAGAGCCAGUUCUCCCAAGGGGCCAGGCCCUUGGUCAGAGCCUUCGGUGGGUACUACCCUGGUGCCAGCUUCAGAACCACCAUUUAUCAUGGCUGUGAAAGAAGAUGGUCUUUGGAGUAAGCCACUGAAUAGCUUUGGCCCAGGAACAUUCUUAUCCUCUGAUAUAGGAAAUGUGUCAGACAUGGAUUGGUAUAACAACAGCCUCUACUACAGCGAUAUGAAAGGUGAUGUUUACGUGUGGCUGCUGAAUGGGACGGAUAUCUCAGAAAAUUAUCACAUAUCCAACAUUGCAGGAGCAGGCGCUCUAGCUUUUGAUUGGCUGGGUCAAUUUCUCUAUUGGGCUGGAAAGACAUAUGUGAUACAAAGGCAGUCUCUGUUGACAGGGCACACAGACAUUGUGACUCAUGUGAAGUUGUUGGUGAAUGACAUGGUGGUGGAUUCAGUUGGAGGUUAUCUCUAUUGGACCACACUCUACUCAGUGGAAAGUACCAGGCUAAAUGGAGAAAGUUUCCUGGUACUACAGGCACAGCCUUGGAUUUCUGGGAAAAAGGUAAUUGCUUUAACUUUAGACCUUAGCGAUGGGCUCCUGUAUUGGUUGGUUCAAGACAGUCAAUGUAUCCACCUGUAUGCAGCUGUUCUUCGGGGGCAGAGCUCUGGGGAGACCAACAUCACAGAAUUUGCAGCCUGGAGUACUUCAGAAAUUUCCCAGAAUACGCUGAUGUACUAUAGUGGUCGACUCUUCUGGAUCAAUGGCUUCAGGAUUAUCACAGCUCAGGAAAUAAGUCAGAGAGCCAGUGUCUCUGUUUUGGAACCAGCCAAAUUUGAUCAGUUCACGAUUAUUCAGACGUCCCUCAAGCCUCUGCCAGGCAACUUUUCCAUUACCCCCAAGGUCAUCCCAGAUUCUGUUCAAGAGUCUUCAUUUAGAAUCGAAGGGAAUGCUUCAAGUUUUCAAAUCCUGUGGAAUGCUCCCCCUGCAGUGGAUUGGGGCGUAAUUUUCUACAGUGUGGAAUUCAGUUCUCAUUCUCAGUUCCUGGCUAGUGAACAACAGCUUUUACCGAUAUUUACUGUGGAAGGGCUGGAGCCUUAUGCCUUCUUUAAUCUCUCUGUCACUCCUUAUACGUACUGGGGAAAAGGCCCCAAAACAUCUCUGUCACUUCGAGCACCUGAAACAGUUCCGUCGGCACCACAGAACCCCAGGAUAUUUGUAUUACCAAGUGGAAGAUACCGUAACCAGAAUGAAGUUGUGGUGGAAUUUCGAUGGAAUAAGCCUAAGCAUGAAAAUGGUGUGUUUACAAGAUUUGAAAUUUUCUACCAAAUAUCCAACCAGACAGACACAAAUGAAACUUUCAAAGACUGGAUCACUAUCAAUGCAGCUCCCUCGGAGAUGUCUUUUCAGCUUGAACACAUGAGUCCUGGGUACACUGUCGCCUUCCAGGUUCGAGUCUUCACAUCCAAAGGACCUGGGCCAUUUUCUGACAUAGUAAAGUCCAAAACAUCAGAAAUUAGCCCAUUUCCAUACCUCAUAACUCUUUUUGACAGCAAGAUAGUUCUAUUAGAUAUGGAUCAAAGUCAAAUUGUUUGGACGUUCUCAACAGAAAGAGACAUCAGUAGCGUGGGCUAUACGGCUGAUGAUGGAAUGGGCUAUUAUGCUCAAGGAGACUCACUCUGCCUUCUGAACAUGCACAACAGGUCCACUUCUGAGAUUUUCCGAGAUACACUGGUUUUUGAUAUCACAAUUAUUACAAUUGACUGGAUUUCAAGGCAUCUUUACUUUGUGCGAAAAGCAUCACAAAAUGGAAUGCAAAUAUUUGAUGUUGAUCUUGAACACAAGGUGAAAUACCCCAGAAAGCUGAAAAUUUGCAAUAGAAAUUCAACAAUAGUCUCUUUUUCAGUAUAUCCUCUUUUAAGUCGCCUGUAUUGGACAGAAGUUUCAGACUUUGGCUCUCAGAUGUUCUACUACAGUAUUAUCAACCAGACCUUGAGUCACAUUCUUCCACCCAUAGCUACAAACCAUUCAAAUGGAAGGAGUCAGUGUUUUUGUGGUGUUACUCAAUUUGAGUUUAGUGGAACAAUGACGAUUGAUACCUCUGACCUAAAGAAACCGCAGAUAUAUUUUGUCAAAGGGCAAGAGAUCUGGGCCAUGGAUCUGGAAGGAUGUCGGUGCUGGCCAGUUAUCAUGGUGCCCACUCUGCUUGCAGGAAAAACACUCGAAAGCUUAACUGUGGAUGGGGAAUUUCUAUACUGGAUCUCCUCGGCAAAGGACAGCACACAGAUUUAUCAAGCAAAGAAAAGCAAUGGGGCCAUUGUCUCUCUGGUGAAGGCUGAAAGGAGUAAGCGUAUCUUGGCUUACAGUUCGGUUCUGCAGCCUUUUCCAGAUAAAGCAUUACUGCAUCUAGCUUCAGAUAUAGCAGAGCCAGUUAUAUUUAACACCACUAACACCAGCCUCACAAUCCGAUUACUGCCCACCAGGACCAACCUCUCGUGGCCCGACAUCACCAGCCCUACUCCAACAUACCUGGUUUAUUACAAAGAAGUUAAUGACAGGAAAACCAGCUCUGAGCUGAAAUAUAAAAUGCUGGAGUUUCAGGAGAGGAUAGUCCUUAUUGAUGGUUUACAACCAUUUUCAACAUAUGUGAUACAGACAGCUGUAAAGAAUUAUUAUUCAGACCCUGUGGAACGGUUACCUCUGGGAAAAAAGAUCUGGGGAAAAACUAGAAGUGGAGUGCCUGAGGCAGUUAGGCUCAUUAACACAACUGUGCAGUCAGACACCAGCCUCCUUAUAUCCUGGAGAGAAUCUCACAAGCCAAAUGGACCCAAAGAGUCAGUCCGCUAUCAGUUGGCAAUCUCACAUCUGGCUCUAAUUCCAGAGACCCCUCUAAGACCAAGUGAAUAUCCAAAUGGAAGACUCGCUCUCCAUGUUACUAGACUGUCCGGUGGGAAACUGUAUGUGUUAAAGGUUCUGGCCUGCCAUGCUGAGGAAAUGUGGUGUGCUGAGAGUCAUCCUGUCGCUGUCAAAAUGUUUGACACACCGGAGAAACCGUAUGCCUUGGUUCCAGAGAACACCAGUUUGCAAUUAGAUUGGAAGGCUCCAUCUGAUGUUAACCUCACCAGAUUUUGGUUUGAACUCCAGAAGUGGAAAGACAAUGAGUUUUCCCGUGUUAACACUUCAUGCAUCCAAGGCCUGGCUUAUGUGUGUAACAUCACAGAUCUACAGCCUUACACGUCCUAUACUGUCCGCGUAGUGGUGGUUUAUAGGACAGGAGAAAAUAGCACCUCACUCCCAGAAAGCUUUAAGACAAAAGCUGGAGUACCAAGUAAACCAGGCAUUCCAAAAGUAUUAGAAGGGAGCAAAGAUUCAAUACAGUGGGAAAAAGCCGAAGAUAAUGGAAGCCGGCUUAUGUACUAUAUCCUUGAGAUCAGAAAGGGCAUUUCAAAUGAUUCACAGAACCAGAAUUUAAUGUGGAAGAUGGCAUUUAAUGGAUCCUGCAGUAGUAUUUGUACAUGGAAGUCCAAAAACCUGAGAGGAAGAUUUCAGUUCAGAGUAGUAGCCGCAAAUAAUCUGGGAUUUGGUGACUAUAGUGGAAUCAGUGAGGAUAUUCUGUUAACUGGAGAUGGUUUUUGGAUACCAGAAACAAGCUUUGUACUUACUAUUAUAAUUGGAAUAUUUCUGGUUGUUACAAUCCCAGUGGUCUUUGUCUGGCACAGAAAAUUAAGGAAUCAAAAAACUCCCAAGGAAGGGCUGACGGGUCUCAUAAACGAAGACAAAGAGUUGGCUGAGCUCCGCGGUCUGGCAGCUGGAAUAGGGCUGGCUAAUGCCUGCUAUGCCAUACAUACUCUUCCAACCCAAGAGGAGAUUGAAAGUCUUCCUGCCUUCCCUCGGGAAAAACUGACUCUGCGCCUCUUGUUGGGAAGUGGGGCCUUUGGAGAAGUGUAUGAAGGGACAGCAGUGGACAUCUUAGGAGCUGGAAGCGGAGAAACCAAAGUAGCAGUGAAGACUUUGAAGAAGGGCUCCACAGACCAGGAGAAGAUUGAGUUCCUGAAAGAGGCACAUCUGAUGAGCAAGUUUAACCAUCCCAACAUUCUGAAGCAGCUUGGAGUUUGUCUGCUGAACGAACCCCAAUACAUUAUCCUGGAACUGAUGGAAGGAGGAGACCUUCUUACCUAUUUGCGUAAAGCCCGGAUGACAAAGUCUCACGGUCCUUUGCUCACCUUGGUUGACCUGGUGGAUCUGUGUGUAGAUAUUUCAAAAGGUUGUGUCUACUUGGAGCAGCUGCACUUCAUUCACAGGGAUCUGGCAGCUCGCAAUUGCCUUGUCUCUGUGAAAGACUAUACCAGUCCAUCACGGGUGGUGAAGAUUGGGGACUUUGGACUCGCGAGGGACAUCUAUAAAAAUGAUUACUAUAGAAAGACAGGGGAAGGCUUACUCCCCGUUCGGUGGAUGGCUCCAGAAAGUUUGAUGGAUGGAAUCUUCACUACUCAAUCUGACGUAUGGUCUUUUGGAAUUCUGAUUUGGGAGAUUUUAACUCUUGGUCAUCAGCCUUAUCCAACUCAUUCCAACCUUGAUGUUUUAAACUAUGUGCAAACAGGAGGGAGACUGGAGCCACCAAGAAAUUGUCCUGAUGAUCUGUGGGAUCUAUUGACCCAGUGCUGGGCUCAAGAAGCUGACCAAAGACCUACUUUCCACAAAAUUCAAGACCAGCUUCAGUUAUUCAGAAAUGUUUCCUUAAAGAGUAUUUCUCAACGCAGAGAAGAAGCAGACCCCAGUGGAGUCAUAAAUGAAGGCUUUGAAGAUGAAGAUGGCAGUGUGAUCUGUUUGAAUUCAGGUGACGUUAUGUCAAUAGCCUUAAUGGAAACCAAGAACCAAGAAGGCUUAAACUAUAUGGUACUUGCCACAGGAUGUAGCCAAGGUGAAGAAAAUUCCAAGGGUCCUCUAGGCUCCAAGGAAUCUGAAUCUUGUGGUCUGAGGAAAGAAGAGAAGGAACCACAUGUGGACAAAGAUCUCUGCCAAGAAAAACAAGUGGCUUACUGUCCUCCUGGCAAGCCUGAAGGCCUGAACUAUGCCCGUCUCACUCAUAGUGGAUGUAGAGAUGGGUCUGAUUAGUAGCUCUGUUUGGGAAAUGCGGAGUUGAGAUAAACACUCCCAUUAAGUAGUUACUGAAAGAAAACCCUAGUAGAAUGAUAGAUGUGGUGGUAGUCUAUGACUCCAAAUUAACACUGAAAAGU